AUUAGACAGACAAUAUUCACAGAGGAGACAUAUUCUAUCAUUUUAAAUCCUGAAAUAUACAAACCUAACCAAAAUUAUCCAAGAAUAGCGUCAACUGUCGACUGUUUACUAUAAUUGCUUUCAGAUUUUUCUCUGUGGUGAUGACGUCACGAGAAGAUGGUAGCGUGCGUUGGUUCAUUUGCAACUAGUGGCUGAACGUUCCAGCUAAUUUGUAAAAUGAAUUCUAUAGAUUGGAUAGAUUCUAUCCCAUCAACUAAAAUUCACGCUGAUGAUCUGCGUCCUAAAACUAUUGCAGAUGUCUCUAUUAUUAUUCCAAUAUACAACGGCGCUGAAUGGAUAGAUGAUUGUUUUGGUUCCAUAAUCUUACAGACUGCAAAGUUUCCCUUGAAGUUAGAAGUGUCUGUUUUCAACGAUGCCAGUGACGAUAAUACAGAAAAUAAGCUAUUGUGCUGGCAUGAUAUAUGUCAGAAACACAACAUAACGUUAACUGUCAAUAAAAGCGAUGCCGUUGCCCCAAGGGGAGUAGGUUUUGCCAAAAAUCAAGCAGUGAAGUUCAGUACUGGAAGUUACCUGUGCUUUCAAGAUGUGAAUGACUAUUUGGAGAAUUCGUUUAAAGAGACUUCAAGAGCAAGUUUUGAGAAGUUGGAAGCAGUUUACUAUAUGGAAUGCUGGGAAAUUAGGCCGAAAAUUAUAUAGGUCAUUAGACCCUCUGUACCAGAGUCAAUUACAUAUGUUUUGUGAUGUAGACAGGCGAAAAAUUGGGAAAUAUUAUAUUCCAUACACCAAGGGAAUAUCAUAUCAACGUAAAAUUCCCAUUGUUCACUUCACAGAAGCAGUGUGUCCAAUGGUCAUUUGUGUAAAAAUGGGCUUGACUGGUGGAUGUUUCGAAGAAAAUCUGAAGUCGCUAAAUCUAACUGAAGGCAAAGAUUUUGUUUUCUUUUGAUUUCAUUGAAAGGGACUUCAAUGUAUUUAAUUUUUUCUAUACUAUGGAAGUCACAUGUAACAAUAAUUACCCACAUCUCUGAUGAAUAAGUUUGACUUGCAAUGAGUAUUUUAUUUAAUAUUUAUUUGGAAUCUUGUUAACAUCUGGAUCAAUCCUGUUUUUAAUGUUAAUCAAAUUUAAUCUUGAACAAUAAGUAAUAAAGGGAUGGUACUUGUUCUAUCCUCAUAUCUCCCAGGAAAAAAAGAAACUAAAUAUAUUAAAAUCUCCAUUAUUUAGGGAAAUUAUUUUUAUUGGUAUAUAUUUAUAUAUAAUGUGUGUGUGUGUGUGUGUGAAUAAUAAUUAACAUA